AGCCGUUUUCAUUAUUUAUUUUUCAUUUUGCAAGUCUCUUUCACUCUUUGACCAUGAGGCACAUGUAUCUGCUGAGUCUGGGUCUUCUAGCAUUGACAGAGAACAUCCUGAUGCAAACACCCUGUGGACAUGGAUAUAAGAAUCAAAGAAGAAAGUGUGUAGAUGAAAAUGAGUGUGAGUAUGAAGCACCCAUUUGUGGAAAAAAUGCAAAAUGUUUCAAUACUAUUGGAAGCUACUACUGCCGCUGUCAUGAAGGAUUCACUCCAACUAAUAAUUUCACACAAGCGGAUGCAAUUGACUGCACAGACAUCAAUGAAUGUGCGAAUGGCAGCGCUGAUUGUGGUCCUAAUGCAAAAUGUAUAAAUUCUGAAGGAGGUUAUAAUUGCACACGUCAAACUGGCUACAUUUCCAGCAAUGGAAAAGAGAUAUUUAAUUCAGGACACUAUUUUAGCCUAGAUAUUUUUGGGCCAUCUAUUUGCUUGCAGCCUAAUGUUUCAGGAUCCACUAACUAUGGUCACAAACGAACGAAAUACACAGGUCAAAGUUCCCUGAACAAGUGCUUCUCAGCUAGUUUUGCUUCAAGAACCAGAUCUGACAUUGGACACCAAGUGGUGGCCAAACACUGA